AUGACUUCGUUUGAGAAGGUAUCAGCACUCAUGGGUUUGACAGAAAAGGCCUUUGAAGAAUCCAUCAUCGAGCUCCAGGUAAGAGAGGAUGCUUUGAAAUUGAUUGGGAAGUCCAUUGAAGAAAGUAAAAAAGAAGUUGAGUUGUUAAACACGUUGGUGGAGUCCCGUCGUGAAGAACAUUGUCGCAAGGAGGCAGAAUUCUCUCUGUUUCAGCAUGAGAGGAUUGAGUAUUUGAGGGUGAUAGAGGAUCGGAUGGAAUCUCGGUUUUCUGAGAUUAUAAGGCUCGUUGAAGAGAGAAUUAAUGAUGCUGAAUCGAUAGAGAAGAGGUUGGACUCAAUGUUUAAUAAGUUAGAUUAUGUUCAAGAAGCCAUGAAAAGAAGGUCAAUAGAAAUUGAUGAGAAGCAGAAAAAUUUGCAGAUCCAGAUAGAUACACAACAUAAAGUUCGUUGGGAUGAAAUGCUGCAGAGGGAGAAGAAAGCUGAAGAUUUGAUGGUAAUAUACAGAAAACGCCUUGAAGAUUUGAAUCUUACGAAGAGAGAACUUCAUGAUCGCUCUAAAAGGCUUGAUGAGAUCCAGAAAGUGAACGAGGAGACAAGAGAGACAAACAAAAUGAAAUGUCAAGAACUUGAUUCUGUUGAAGCCUCCUUUAAGGAAUUCCAUUUGAAAGAGAAGCGAUUUAAAUUGAACAAGGAAAAGUUAGAUCUGCACAUGAAAGAGCUUGGACUUACACAAGAGGAGCUUGAGAUGAAGUUGAAAGAAAUUGACAAGACUCGAGAAUCUCUAGAACACCAUGUUAAGGAAGUUGAAGUGGAAAGGAAUCGUCUUCAUGAACAGAGGGAUCUUGAGUUAAAAGAGCAGCAGUUGACUUCACAUGUCACGGUUGAUACCAAUUAUGUUGUUGUGGUUGAAAAUGAAGUGGAAUGCCAUCCUUCUGUUGGCACUAGAAUGAGUUUUGUGACGCACUUCCUUGCUAACAUGGAUUUAAGGUGUUUAUUCCAAUUUCUAAGCAAGCAUUCGACCGAGCUUCGAUUAAUGGAAAAGAAUGUUUCCAAGGUUCUUCAAAUGUCAUCUGAUUCUGUGAUUGUCGCAAUAAUGAAGGAGUUUCAUGGUCAAAACAUUCCGAGUAGUACAAUGAGGAGUUAUCUGUUUGUUUUGGAGAUAUUAGCUGGUCAAAACAUCCCAAUUGAGAUCAUCAACUCUCCUGUUGUUCUAGAAACAGCUAAGAAAGUUGCAUUAGAAUGGAAAGCAAAUAUACCAUUGAAGAAGGAGGAUCCACUUUACAUAUUGGGUUUUCUGCAGCUAGUUUGCACUUAUAAGCUGACAGCUGAAUUUGAUCCAGACGAGAUUUACAAUCUUUGCUGUUCUGUCGCAGAUGAUGUGCCCGAAUUAUCUGAAAUCUAUUCCUCGUCAGAAAAGAUUCCUGUCAGUAAGAUCCUUAACGUUCUUCAAGACGAGUUUGACCAAUCCAAGAAAGCUCCAUGGGAUUCACUUCGACAUAGGUGUGUUCCGGAGCUGUUCAUAUUAUCACCUGAUCCCGGUAAGCUGCUGUUAGACGCAAUGCAGUGUUGCUUUGAUUCAAAUACGAAGGAUGUGAAUGGUGCAAAGAGCACCAUAGAAGUUUUUCUUCCCCUGCUCAAAGAAUUGGUAAACGAAGAUAUUGAGAUUGACAUUCAUAAUUGUAUCCAAGCUGAAGCUUUUAAUUUGGCUGCUGAUUGGAAACAAAAAUUGUUGUUUCCUAAUACACCAGAAGCUGUCUGUUAUUUGCUGUUUUUGUCGAUCUACAAAUUAGGAUCUUGGUUCGAUCACGAGGAGCUUAUCCAUCUUCUCAAGGAUUGUAAGACUGAUUUUUCAAGUUAUCUACUUCGUGACUUCGUCCUUGAACAAAGGAUGCUCAAGUUUAUCCAAAAGCUCAUCGCGAAAGAUAAGGAGAAACAGCUUAGAACUAUUAUGUGUAUUUACGAGUUUGAUCUCGCAGACAUGUUUCCACCUGUUCCCUUACUAAAGAGUUACCUGACAGAACUUGCCAAUCUCGAUAAUAGUACAACUGCAGAGGAGGAACUAAUUGCCUUGCAAACAGUUAUCAAAUGCAUUGCUACUCGUGGACUUCAAUUCUUGUUUCCAGUCAAACCCCUUAUGGAUCGGGUUUCCAAGCUGCUACAGAAAAAGGCUGGUGAGAAAAAACGCCCUGCAUCUCUCCCUGAUUCAAACCCGGAAACUCACAGGGUCAAGAAAGUUUGCAGUGAUGUCUCCACUCAUGUAAAUCACUCUAUCCCUUCAUCUUAAUCGUUUCAAAUACCAGGAGCUGAAACAAUGUCUUAUAGGCUUAAUAUCAACUAUAUUAAGUAUUAAAGAAAACAUAAAUGAGUAGUUAACCAUGCCAUUAAGAGUGUUUUGUGUAGUUUUAACUUGUAAGGUAUUGUCACUUUGAAUCUCUCUUAUGGUAGCUUAUAUAUAAUUUUAAGGUAUUUCUGUUUU